AUGUUUGUGGAAAACUUAGAAAGAGGAUUUUAUCGUUUAAUAAGAGAUGACAGAUGCCUACUCUUGGUUAAUUUUGACAUUGAUGCCAUUUGUGCUUGUAGAAUUUUACAACAACUUUUUAAGAAUGAUAAUAUGAUAUAUACACUUGUACCUGUUCAGGGUAUUCAAGAUAUGAUUCAUGCAUUUGAAGAAAAUUGUGAAAAGAAUUGUGGGGGUACAUUAGACUUAGUGGAAUUGCUACAACCUGUAGAAUCUGUGAUAUUUUAUAUUCUUGAUAGCCAUAGGCCCUAUGAUUUAUGUAAUGUGUAUUCAGAAGAUCAAGUACGUAUACUUGGUAAAGUUGAUGAAGAUGAUGAAAUUCCGGAGUAUAAUGAUGUCUUCAGAGAUGAUUCAUCAGAUGAAGAUGAAACAGAAGAUGAAUUAGAAAAUGAUCAAUCUCAAAGAAAAAGGCGAAGAUUAAACGAAGAAGAUGUUAUUAAACGGGCUGGACGAAGAGAAUGGUCUGAAAAAAGGGCAACUGUUAUGUUCAAUUAUACACAGUACAGUUACUAUGGCAAAUCAAGUGCAAUGCUUAUUUUUGAAAUGGCUUGGCAUAUGUCAAAAGAUAAUUUAGAUAUGGUUUGGUGGGCUAUAGUUGGUUCUACAGAACAAGCUAUUCUUGGAAAAGUAGAAUCAAGAUUAAGUAUUUUUGAAGAAGGUUCUCUUCAAGCCCAUGUAUCUAGAUUAACUCAUAAACAAGGAGUUGAAGUUGAUAAGCAUCAACAACAGCAACAAAGUACUGUUAAAAUUACUUAUGACAAAGAUCUCUUACUUGUAUUAUAUCGGCAUUGGACUGUUGAAGCUAGUUUAAGACAUUCAGUGCCAACUGCAGUAUCAUUACGACUUUGGUCUAUCAGGGGAGAGCAACGAUUAAAGGAAUUGUUAGCAGAAAUGGGUUUACCUUUAGCACAAUCGAAGCAACGAUUUUCUGCAAUGGAUCUUGCACUUAGACAAGAAUUUAGACAAAUGUUUGAAAAAUUAGCUGGAAAAUAUAAACUCGACACUGUUAUUGGAACAAGUUUUACCCUUCAGUAUGGUUACAGAUUUAAAUAUUGUGCAUCAGAUAUAGUUUAUGCUAUGCUUGCUUUAAUGGAAUCUUCUUCAAAGGAAAAGUUGCCCCAACGUUGUUUUUUAGACGUAUUAGACUGUUUGUCUCGCACAAAAAAAGAUAUUUUAGAAAACGGUAUAGAGAAAGCAAAAUGUAUGCUUAAUAGUAUUUUUAAAACUGCACAGAGUAUUUUACAAAUGAAACAAAUUAGAAGCGCUGGUUCGUUUCUUUAUAUAAUUAUUCCAGAGGGAAACGCUGACAGUCUCGUAUUCACGCAUCCACAUCCGUUAAUGAUGUUAGCUCAGUUUACUCUAAAGGCUUACGUAGACUCUUCAAAAAACAGACGGGCACCGGAAUGGCCACUUGUAGCUUCUUCAGUAUACAAUGCAGAAGAGGGUAUGUGUCUCAUACUCGGUAUACCACCGGUGUGUGAAGAUCAACCAAAAAGUUUAUUCGGAAAAGCUUUUGAACAAGCAGCUAAAAAUACAAAUUCUUACAUAGAAGCAGAUUAUUUUGAUACCACAAUAAUAAGACUGAAAACUGAAGAGAGACCAAAAUUUUUGGAUGCUCUGGCAGCUCUCCUAGCUUAAAAUUUUUAUGAUUUAU